ACACCAAGACAGUUGUGAAGAGGGCACGACAAGAUCCUCAAAAAGUUCUACAGCUGCACCAUCGAGAGCAUCCUGACCAGUUGCAUCACCGCCUGGUAUGGCAACUACUCGACAUCUGACCGUAAGGCGCUACAGAGGGUAGUGUGUACAGCCCAGGACAUGACUGUGGCCAAGCUUCCUGCCAUCCAGGACCUAUAUACUAGGCGGUGUAGGGAGGAAGGCCCCAAAAAAUUGGCAAUGACUCCAGUCACCAAAUGUAGUUUAUUAUUAUUCAGCCUAAUCUUUACACAUCUAUAUAAUGGAGACCCCUCAUCCUCAGUUGAUGGGGAUUUCCACCAACCUACAUAAUGGAUGGAUAAUUUCCACCAAACUAUAAAUGGUGACUCAUCCAGUUGAUGGGGAUUUUCUAUAUUACACUGCAUACAUGGUUCUGAGCUAUAGUUCAAAUAAAAUUGAUUAUUUGUUACAUUGUAUUUUUUUCAUUUGGUGCAGGGAGAUAGGUAUUUUUGAACUUUGACAUAUGAAAACAUUUCAUUUUUUCCCCGAUCUUGAGUAUCAUCCUAUCCGAUUAUCAACUGUCAAUUUAUAGGUAUGUUUCCGAAUACGAGUAUGGCCAUAACGGCACACACCUGAUGUUCACACCAGUCCAACCGAACUAGGGUGUUUUUCACACAUAGUUUUGAGCUAUAGUUCAAAACGGAGUUCAAUUAUUUGUCACAUUAUUAUACACUGCUCAAAAAAAUAAAGGGAACACUUAAACAACACAAUGUAACUCCAAGUCAAUCACACUUCUGUGAAAUCAAACAGUGUAUAUUUUUUCAUUUGGUCUGGUUGGUUUCACAUUGCCAAAUAUCAAACAAACAAAAAUUCCUAAACAAAACCACGUGUCCAUGCUCAAGUUAAAUCCAUCUAUGAUUAUCAUGAAGCAUUACUUGUCUGUCCCAAUCUUAAUAUUACUUUCUCUUUGGUCUUCCAACAACAUGCAGGAAUAGCCGCUCUAACUACAACGUGAAUAGGCUAUAUUCAGUAGCCUAUAUCCCUGGUAUAGCCCUGUCUCCCCUAAUCUGCAUCAGAUAGCCCUGUCUCCCCUAAUCUGCAUCAGAUAGCCCUGUCUCCCCUAAUCUGCAUCAGAUGUGCUCAUAAAUGCGCUGCUACUCACAGAAUGUUUCAGACAUAUCAAGUCAGGAUGCUGCAUUUCAUCAAAUGCUCACAGUCAAACAACCAAUAAUACUGUGCGACUCUGGUUAUUUUCCUGCGUUUAGUCUGGACUGUGUUGUCAUCUGAAGCGAACUGCCACGGUACGAAUCGGACUGAGACCACCCUUUUUGUGCGAACCACAGUGUGUUGCUUACUGCGUUCCCCGAGUGCGAAUAGAGUGUUUACACCAGUCCAGAAGAACUGAACUAACAGGGUAAAUGCACCAGAGUAAAAAAAGCUCCAAACCAAUAUGGUGUGAAAGCCCCCUUAGGGAACCGAAUUUGAACCUGGAUUCUCUGGCUGAAGUGGUUGCCUGAGGCCUGUCUGCAUUCUCAUUGUAAUGCAUGGCUGACAGGAGAAGUCUGUAAGAGAACAUGACAGACAUGUAGGUGAACAUCACAAGUAUGUUAAACAUUCAAUUGAUCAAAUCUAGAUAUUGUACUUUGGCACAGCAAUACAUUUCACCUAUAAAAUGUAUCAGUAAAACACAUUUAGUCAUAAAUGACCAUUACACUGUAGUGACCUUGUAUCUUACAGUUCGCCAUCGCCGAUAGUGUCAUCAUCUGGGUGAUAACUGAAGUCAUCGCUGGAAUAGUCCACUCUGGGCUUUUUCACUGGAAUGCGUGUAUGCACUGAGGCUUCAGGCAUGCAUACCAAUGUUGCUGUAUCGCAAGACACACACACAUUUUCGCAUAUACUGGGUGGUUGUAAAUGCAGAAAGACAAUGCCGAUUGUGUAGUGUCUCAGUGGUACCACGACCCCAGCCUGCGAUCCACAUGCAACUCUUUGGGAUGAUAAACAGGCAAAUGACAGGUUUGAUAAUCUGGUGAACUGUAGGCUACAGAUAUUAGGCUGUUCAUUAUCUUAUUCUCAUUGGCAAGCCCAUUCAAACUGUCUGCCCCCAAAGAGCUACCCUACCCCGAGUGCAGCCCUUUCCCAAGGCUUUCACAAUAUCCCGACCCAGCUACAGCUCCACUGAACCCUACCUCAGAAAGAAAGCACAUCAUGUGUGUCGAUAUUGUUGCUCUGUCUUUCAAUUGAGCUGCAUAUUCUCACAGUAUAGGCCUGUAUUCUGUUCGAGAUAAUCAGAAUGUCAAGCAUGUCAGUGACAACAGUAACAUGAGGUUAACAUUACAUCGGAGUAGGUGGGGCAAGGCAAAAAAGGAAUAGCCAAGUCAACUAGUUAGUUAGCUAAUUAUUCUGGUUGUCGAUCUGUUGUUAUGAGCACCAUUGUAGUUUCUAGCUAUUUAGGCAUCAUAAACUCACCAUUGUAGUUUCUAGCUAUUUAGGCAUCAUAAACUCACCAUUGUAGUUUCUAGCUAUUUAGGCAUCAUAAACUCACCAUUGUAGUUUCUAGCUAUUUAGGCAUCAUAAACUCACCAUUGUAGUUUCUAGCUAUUUAGGCAUCAUAAACUCACCAUUGUAGUUUCUAGCUAUUUAGGCAUCAUAAACUCACCAUUGUAGUUUCUAGCUAUUUAGGCAUCAUAAACUCACCAUUGUAGUUUCUAGCUAUUUAGGCAUCAUAAACUCACCAUUGUAGUUUCUAGCUAUUUAGGCAUCAUAAACUCACCAUUGUAGUUUCUAGCUAUUUAGGCAUCAUAAACUCACCAUUGUAGUUUCUAGCUAUUUAGGCAUCAUAAACUCACCAUUGUAGUUUCUAGCUAUUUAGGCAUCAUAAACUCACCAUUGUAGUUUCUAGCUAUUUAGGCAUCAUAAACUCACCAUUGUAGUUUCUAGCUAUUUAGGCAUCAUAAACUCACCAUUGUAGUUUCUAGCUAUUUAGGCAUCAUAAACUCACCAUUGUAGUUUCUAGCUAUUUAGGCAUCAUAAACUCACCAUUGUAGUUUCUAGCUAUUUAGGCAUCAUAAACUCACCAUUGUAGUUUCUAGCUAUUUAGGCAUCAUAAACUCACCAUUGUAGUUUCUAGCUAUUUAGGCAUCAUAAACUCACCAUUGCUCCUCCGUUGCAUUACACUGGGGAUGCUAGUGCUGAGAAAUCGCAAACCUGCAGUGGGCCGAUCUCUCAUGCUAGAAACCUGUAAGUAGAUGUAACUAUGACCUCUCACUUUAUUCCGAAGUUCUGAUACCAUAACAUUACACAUUUAGUACAGCUAACGUUAGCUAGAUAGCUACUUGCGUAAGCAUUUCAAGAAACUCAUUCCCUACUAUGGAAACAGGUACAAAAGUAUGUAUAUCCACAGUAAAACGAGUCCUAUAUCGCAUAACCUGAAAGGCGGCUCAGCAAGGAAGAAGCCACUGCUCCAAAACCGCCAUAAAAACGGCAGACUACAGUUUGCAACUGCACAUGGGGACAAAGAUCGUACUUUUUGGAGAAAUGUCCUCUGGUCUGAUGAAACAAAAAUAGAACUGUUUGGCCAUAAUGACCAUUGUUAUGUUUGGAGGAAAAAGGGGGAUGCUUGCAAGCCGAAGAACACCAUCCCAAACGUGAUGCACGGGGGUGGCAGGAUCAUGUUGUGGGGGUGCUUUGCUGCAGGAGGGACUGGUGCAAUGACCCCAAGCAUACUUCCAAAGUUCUACUUCCAAAGUAUGUAAACUUCCGACUUCAACUGUAGCUAUAUAUAGCAAUAGGAAGUGGACGUCGAAAGACUGUUUGGCUCAGUAGGCUGCUUUGCAGGUGUUUCUGAUAUACUGUACAGACAGUGCCUUUCAAAAGUAUUCAUGUCCCUUGGAUUUCUUCAAAUGUUAUUGUGCUACAAAGUGUCAACAAUCUACACAAAAUGCUGUAAUGUCAAAGUGGAAGAAAGAUGAUGAUGAUUAUUUUUUGAUUAAGCUAGAGAUAUCUGUUUUUUUGCAUGGACUGCGUCUCAUUCUACCGCAUCCGCCAAUGGCGACCUUAUUCAUUGACUAUCUGUUUUUCCAUGUAUGAACCUGUUAUUCAAUGCGUUGUUAUGGGCUAAUAGCAGUAAGGCCAAAUUCAAUGUUUCAUCAAAAAAAUGUUUUAUACUUAAUGGGGACCUAAAAUUCAAAAUGACCAUCUUAAAACAAUUUCAUAUGUUAGCUUAGUGGAAUAUAAUAGAUUUAAAAGCAGAUUUAAUUCAAAACUGUAACUUGGCCAUUCAGGAACAGUCAAUGUCUUCUUGGUAAGCAACACAAGUUUAGAUAUGGUCCUGUGUUGUAGGUUAUUGUCCUGCUGAAAGGGGAAUUUCUCUCCCAGUGUCUGGUGUAAAGCAGACUAAACCAGGUUUUCCUCUAGGAUUUUGCCUGUGCUUAGCUUCAUCGCAUUUAUUUAUCCUGAAAAGCUCCACCAGUAUUUGCCGAUGUCAAGCCUACCCAAACCAUGAUGCAGCCACCACCAUGCUUGAAAAUAAGGAGACAGUUUCUCAGUGAUGUGUUGUGUUGGAUUUGCCCCAAACAUAAGGCUUUGCAUUUAGGCCAAAAAGUGCAUUUCUUUGCCAUGUUUUUUUCUUCAGUAUUACUUUCGUGCCUUGUUGCAUACAAGAUGAAUGUUUUGGAAUAUUUUUAUUCUGUAUAUUUGUAUUCUUCUUUUCACUCUAUCAUUUAAGUCAUUAUUGUGGAGUCACUACUAUGUUGUUGACCCACCCUAAGUUUCCUCCCAUCACAGCCAUUUUAAAAUCACCCCUGAGGAGUUUCCUUCCUGUCCUGCAGCUUAGUUCAGAAGGACGACUGUGUCUUUGAUGUGUCUGGGUGGUUUAAUACGUAAUCCACAGCAUAAUUAUGAACUAUUAACAGUGAAUGUCUGAUUUGUUAUUGUUACCCAUCUACCAAUCGCUACCCUUCUUUGUGAGGCUUUUGAAAAGCUCCCUGGUCUUUGUAGUUGUAUCUGUGCUUGAAAUUCAAUACUUGUCUGAGGGACCUUACAGAUGUUGAAUGUAAGUGGGACAGAGGAAGGGUUAGUCAUUCAAAAAUCAUGUCAACCUCUACUUUUUCACACAGAGUGAGUCAAUGUAACUUAUGUGAUUUGUUGAGCCAUUUUUUUAAAAUCCUGAACUCAUUUAGGCUUGCCUGAACAAAGGGGCUAAACACUUUUGUAACGACUAUAUUUUAGGAAUCACAUUUUGAGUAGAUUGUUGAAAAAAAGAAUAACAAUGUAAUCCCAUUUUGUAGCACAAUAAAAUAUGAAGAAAUCCAAGGGGUAUCUGUAAUUGACAAAUAAAAUGAAAUUAAAAUGAAGAUAAGGCAGUGGAGAUGAAAAAGAGAUUAAAGAUCGUCGUGGGUGGGGGUUGUACAGGGUGAUGUGGGUAGACGGACCUCGGUGUAUAAAGGGGCUUGUCUGAAUCAUAAGUCACUUUAACAAACCCCACCACAACUUUACUCUUCACAUCUCUACCACCACAAAUCAUGAAGACUUCUCUGGUCCUCCUUACCCUCAGUCUACUGGCUUGUUCAGUUUGGGAAGUCUGUGGACAAUGCCAAGAGGUUAACCUUGAUGACCAGGAAGACCAGCAAGUAGUGGAAGCACAGCCAGAAAAGCACAUGUUAAAGGGGACAUGCUGGGCGUGUAUGUGGGCACUGAACAAAGUGAAGAAACACAUCUCCUCUUCCUCUAGCGAGGUGCAGAUAAAGCAGAAGCUAUUGUCUGUUUGUGAUAAAUUGGGCCUCCUUAAAUCUCUGUGUAAAGGCAUGGUAAAAAAGCACUUGUGGGUGUUGGUUGAGGAGCUUAGCACCAGCGAUGACGUGAGGACCAUCUGCAUUAACAUUAAGGCCUGCAAACCAAAAUACAUUUUGGAUCUGAGCUACUGAUCAAGCAGCCAGUAUCCAGAUUCCAAAGUGAGAAGAUGGAUGUUCAGGUGUCAAGACAAUGCUAUGCUGCCAGCCUCUUGCCUUUUCUCAAAUGAGUCACGACACAAGAAUGAUAUGUUAUUGGAAUGAUUAUAUGUUCUGAAAUAAUGUUUUUGGAACAUUAUUAUAAUAGUGUAUUGUCAUUCUUAAAUUGCAGCACAUUUUUUAUCAUGUAAUUUUUGUUCACUUUUUACUAUUUUAGUAUAAAAUAGUCUAUUUUUCACUGAA